AUCAUUUAAAUCCGAUAGAAAAAGCAUCCGCGGCAACAAUUAAUGAAUGGAAAACUCGUACAAUAUACCAUUUGCUGACUGACAGAUUUGCUCAAACACCAGGUCAAGAAAAACCAAAAUUAUGUACUACUAAUAAAGAAAAUGAAGUUAGGCAUUAUUGUGGUGGCACUUUUAAGGGAAUCAUAUCGAAACUCGAUUACAUCAAAAAUUUGGUAACUAUUCAUAAAGCUUUUGCAAGGAUCAAAUUUAGCACAGUGAUAUUUUUGGGGUUUGAUGCAAUCUUGAUCAGUCCCGUGGAUAAACAAAUUGAAAAGAAAACAAUCUAUGGUGUUGGAUGGCAUGGGUAUUGGGCUCAAGACAAAUUUUCAAUCAAUCCUCACUUUG